CUAAGCCAACGGCUAACGAAAAAUCAAGCAUUUUCAAAAAGUAGACAACUAGAAAAUUGUGAUUAGUUAAUUGCUAGCCAAAUAUCUACACGGUAACCGGUGUAAAAGGUUCUGACCAAAAAUGGCAUCCGGCGGUUUGACAUGCGUCAAAUAUAUCACUUUUUUCUGCAAUCUGCUUUUCGCGCUUACGGGUCUACUGAUCCUAACGGUGGGCACAAUAGUGCAGCUGAAUUAUGCACAUUACUCAAAUUUUGUCAGUGAUCACAUCUGGACAGCGCCCAUUAUACUCAUGGUUGUCGGCGCCGCAGUCGCAUUUAUCUGUUUCCUGGGCUGCUGUGGCGCUCUGAAGGAGAACAGCUGCAUGAUACUGAGCUUUGCUAUACUGGCCGUUGUAAUAUUCCUGUUGGAGAUUGGUCUUGGCAUUGCGGGCUAUGUCAAGCACUCGGGCUUGCAGCAGCUGAUGGAAACCCAGUUCAAUACGACCAUGAAGCAUUAUAGGGAACGUGAUGAUUAUCGUGAUGCCUGGACUCUGUUGCAAACCGAACUGGAUUGCUGUGGCACCCAUGGACCCAACGAUUGGGAUGGCAUUUUUGCCAACAAGACUCUGCCUCCGGCCUGCUGCAAACUGAUCAAUCUAAGCGAGGCCAAAGAUUGCACCACAAUGCACGCCAUACAGCAGGGCUGUUUGCAAAAGCUGUUGGGCAUACUCGAUUCCAAGACUUUGAUAUUGGCCAGCGUAGUGCUCUCCGUGGCAGGCAUACAGCUGCUCACCAUACUCUUUGCCUGCUGCUUGUAUCGUUCGUUUCGCCGCAGCUACGAUCAUGUUUAGGCUGCGCAGCGAGCAUCCCAUUUAUCGAUUUUAAAAGACAGCCCUUAGCCUAGUUUGUAGUUUGGUCACAUGCAUGCGAUAUAACUCGUUGCCGUCUCUCAAGAAGCUCGUUGAUAAGCAGAAGAAGAACAACAUAUAAUACACAAAAAUACUCAAAACACAAUCACCAUUCAUACCUUUUAUUUAUGUCAAUCGAUAAACACUCACUGUUAACCCAACAUUUCCACUUUAAGUUGAAAACUUGUUAAUGUUAUUCCCGGCUCAGUUGUACUGAGCUCUUAAGAUAAGCUAUAUAUCUCAAUGGUUUUUACUAUUUAAAAACUUAUUAAUUGAUUUGUAACCUUUAUAAUUUUGCAAAAUCAUGAUAUUAUUUGUAUUUCGAUUUUAUACUCAUUCCCAUUUGCCAAUGCAUUGCGCCACCACACAUGCUCAUAUACAGAUCAAAACAUUGUAAUAUCAUAAAUAUAUAGGUAUACUCAAUACUAUAUACCGACUGGUUCGAAAUUCAUGCAUCAUUUCAUUGUUUUACAAAGUGUCCUUGGAACAAUAUUUUAUAUAUGUAGUAAUUUUAUGGCUUUUCGAAUUUUUAAAUGUAUAUGCGUGGGUCUCAGAGUGUGUGUGCGUGUGUGGCUCCCCAAAAUAAGAACCCACCAUUUGCUAAUUGUUUUUAUAUACCCAUAUUAUUAGAACCAAUUUAUUAUAUACAUAUAUUUACAGAACACUGCAUUUUACACACAAACGUAAAAAUAUUAGCAACACACAUGCAUACCAAUAUAUAUAUAUAUAUAUGUAUAUUUAUGUAUACAAUGAAUAUCUAUGUGACUUGAAAUUGUAUUGUAAACAAAAAGAAGAGACAACAUAUUUGGGAGAAUUUUACAUAUCUUGGUCAACUCCUGGAACACAAAACUGUUUGAAUAUCGAAUUUACAGUUGAAAAUCGAACUAAUUAAAUGAUUAUAAUUAAGAAGCGUGCAUAUAGAACGCGAUUCUCAAAACGACCACACAUGAAUAUUACAAUUCAAUGUUAGAUUAUCUGAAAUGCAAUAACCCAUAUAAGUAAUUGUCUAAUAUUGCAAAGCUCAGCACGAUUUAUUAAUAUUAAUAUGCAUUUGCGAGUAUGUAUUUUAUAAAUGAUGUGAGCUGAAAAAAUUGUGCAGCACUGAAAAACUUAAGAAUCAAUAAAUG